AUGGCACCCUAUGAGCCAGCCAUGUCUCCGGACGAGGUCGUCCCACGAAAGGUCGUAGAUGACAUCCGACAUAGGCUGAGCAGCUGGCGGCAGCAGUCCGACGCGACCAUCGUGAGUGGCCGCUACAAAUCCGGCAAGACUGUGGCCGUGGAAGAGGCCUUGCGCGGUGUUUGUGGUGUGUGGGCCUUCACGGUCGAGGUGGAAGACUGGAAGCCUGCCAUGUACCAAAUGCUUGGAGUGAAGGACGCGAACAUGUUUGCCGAGGUGCUUCGUCGUGUCCGCGCCAAGUUGCAAAAGAAGAAGUUUGCAAAGAACCUGACCCAAUAUCCUAUCCUGCUUCUGGACAUUCCUCGCGACACCAAAGGAGGUAAGGAGGAGGGGAUGAAGUUGGUUUCCACCACAGCGAAGGACAUGUCGAGUGAUUCACGCUACGCCGCAACGGCACAUGUGCUGGUGGCCGCCUCAUCUGCUGCCUCGGCUCUGGCGUUUGAUGCUGGCGGUCGCAGAUUCGACAUCUGGGUGGGCGAUAUGACCGAGAAGGAGGCGAGUGAGUUGCUCAAGAUGCACGAGCACGAGUCGGCCGCGACAGCAAUCAUUGACAAUUGUGCUGUGGCAGGCAAUGCUUCAGGCUUCUGUCAAGUUUUUUUUGAAUGCUUCCCUUUGUUGCGUGAGCAUAGAGUUCCAGUAAGGUGGUCGCCGCGCUGGUGA